UGAGUUUAAGCGCGCAACGCGAGUGGUGUGUAGUGUUGUGAAUAUACAAGACACGUCCACCACCCCCCGAACUGCCGCCCCCACCCACUCAAUCAUUACACACACCGCCCGCCCCCGAUGUCUCGGCGGAGUGAGGCGGACGAGUGAGAGAAUGAGGUGAGGUGAGGCGAGAUGUUUCCUCACCGGAUUCCCGGCGGUCUGCCGGGGCCCAGUUCGCGCAGCAGUGGCCCCACCACGCCUGUGGACGGCGCCGCCCCCUCGCCGCCUCCACCGGGGGCCGUGCCAGGGGGCAGUGGCCCCCCCGGAGGCGGAAGCAGUGCCCCCGGAGGCAACGGCCCCCCCGGAGGCAGCAAGCCACAGGUGCGCGUGCAGGUGAGGCCGUUUACCAAGGAGUCGCUGGACAAACUGGAGAGUAAGACCGUGCAGCUGGUGAGAGACUAUGGCUUCCAACCAAGGCGCAAGCUCAGCGUUGAGGAUGGAUCGGUUCUGCCCAAUAAGUUCGAGCCGUUCCCCAGCCGGCUCUAUGGCCGGCCGCUCGAGGAGAUCGACAACUUCAUCUAUGAUGAGACGUUCUGCGUGGUGUCGAAGCGAUUCCGCAAGAACUACAUCCACCGCUUCACGGCCACCAACUCCUUCUUCCUAUUUUCUCCGUGGAACUCCAUUCGGCGCACCUGCAUCUUCCUUUCGACGAACCAGUACUUCGAUUACGUUGUCAUGACAACAAUUCUGCUCAACUGCGUCUUCCUAGCCAAGACCGAACCUCUCGAGGAGGCCGAAUAUAUCUUCCUUGCAAUCUAUACUGCUGAAAUGAUCAUAAAAUCCGUAGCCAAGGGUUUCAUACUGAACAAAUAUACGUACUUGAGAAACCCUUGGAACUGGUUGGAUUUUGUGGUGAUAACGUCGGGCUAUGCAACCAUUGGUAUGGAGGUCGGCAAUUUGGCUGGUUUGAGAACAUUUCGAGUGCUGAGGGCCCUGAAAACAGUCUCCAUCAUGCCUGGGUUGAAAACCAUCAUCAACGCGCUUCUCCAUUCGUUCAAACAACUCGCCGAAGUAAUGACAUUAACGAUAUUCUGCCUGAUGGUGUUCGCACUCUUUGCUCUGCAAGUGUACAUGGGUGAACUGCGCAACAAAUGUGUCAUGAUUGCCAACCACACUGAAACACACGCAGAAUGGAGAGAGUGGAUUUCAAACAGCAGUCAUUGGAUAUUCACCGACGAAGAUGAACCAAUGCUUUGCGGCAAUAUGACUGGUGCCAGACACUGCCCUCCUGGCUUCGUGUGUUUGCGUGUGGGUGAAAACCCGAACCACGGGUAUACAAGCUUUGAUAACUUCCUUUGGUCUAUGCUGACCACCUUUCAACUAAUUACCCUCGACUAUUGGGAAAACGUUUAUAACAUGGUCCUGGCGUCAUGUGGACCACUUAGUGUAGUCUUUUUUACUGUAGUAGUAUUCUUUGGCUCAUUCUAUUUAAUCAAUUUAAUGUUGGCUGUGGUAGCAUUAAGUUAUGAAGAAGAAGCUGAAAUAACGCAAGAGGAAAGGAGAAAAGACUUGACGGAUCACCGCGAUGACUCGACGUUCAGCUUCGAUCCGUCGCGAAUCCCCGUGAAACAGCUGGACAAGAAGAACAGGCGGAAGAUAGACGCGCGGAAGGGUGUGCUGCUUUCGUCAUACACGCGGAAAAAGACGCGUCGAAGAAAGCGACGCGGCGCCGUCUCCGGAGAGGGCAACGGAAGUCGCUCAGUGUCACCGUCACCCCGCCACAGCUAUGUGGAGCCGCCUCUCGCUUCACCGCCCCCGCCUCCACCACCAGUUCCGCCUCCGCUGCCCCCAGCAAACCCCGACACCCUGCAUCCUUUAGGUCGUGUGAAUCGUGGCCAGCUUAGUAGUAGACAAGCUAGUAGUAAUAAUAGUGACGGCAACAAUAGAGAGUCAUCGCUGGAUGAUUCGGGAGUUGUGGAUGAUCACGAGGAAGGGGACGGCACCUCUGAAGAUGUCGCCAACAUCCAUCCUCUAUUACAGAGGCUGGAUGCGGUGCGAACGCAGAGGGAGAAAGAGAUUAAAGUGAUGAAGUGUAAUGGAGUGAGCCCUUUGCAGGGCGCUCAAAACCCAGUCUACACUCUUCCUCCUGAUUAUCUUUCUCAGGUUGUAGUUUUAGAUGAUCUAGUUGAUCGCAAUUGUGAAAAAUGUACUGAAUGCUGUGUCGACUACGAAGGUUGGCUGAGAUUCCAGAACUGCCUUUAUAAGGUGGUUCGUGAUCCAUUAUUUGAAUUGCUAAUAACAUUGUGCAUUGUACUCAACACAAUGUUCCUGGCGACUGAGCAUCACGGCAUGAGUGAAUCAAUUCUCAACAUGCUCGAUAUUGGCAAUAAAGUUUUCACGUCGAUAUUCACGUUAGAGUGCACACUGAAGUUGAUGGCACUAAGCAAGGAGUUUUUCGAUUGCGGUUGGAAUAUUUUCGACCUAAUUAUUGUUUCUGCCAGUCUGCUCGACCUCUCCUUCGAGUUGGUCGACGGACUGUCUGUUUUGAGAGGUUUAAGACUGUUAAGAGUUCUCAAACUAGCCCAAUCGUGGACGACCAUGAAAGUUCUACUGAGUAUCAUCAUUUCCACAAUAGGAGCGUUGGGUAACUUGACAUUCGUACUUGUUAUUGUCAUCUACAUAUUCGCUGUGAUUGGAAUGCAGUUGUUUUCUAAAGACUACACGCCAGACAAGUUUGAUCCCGAUCCAGUUCCAAGAUGGAACUUCUCAGACUUUUUCCAUUCUUUUAUGAUGAUCUUCAGAAUACUUUGCGGUGAAUGGAUUGAGCCACUCUGGGAUUGCAUGAGAGCUGAGAAAGAUGAGGGUCCGGGUACAUGCUUCGCUAUUUUCCUUCCAGCACUUGUGAUGGGUAAUUUCAUGGUUCUGAAUCUCUUUCUUGCCUUGUUGCUGAAUAGUUUCAACUCUGAGGAGCUGAAAUCCAAGAAAGAGAGGAGAGCACUCGACUUGGCAGCGGCCAAAGAAGAGGCAGAACUGGAGGAAAUGAAGGCGCUGUGGUCUCACCACAUGCAGCUGGCGUCCCACGUUUGUCGUCGCUGCAGCACCAAGCUUCCCCCCUCCACCUCUCCCGCCUCCCCUCAACCCCCCCAAGCCUCCUCCACCCACGUACAGAUCGAGGAAGUGGGGGAGGACUCGAAAAUUGCCCGCAGCUUCGAGCGGAUACGUUCCAUCAUACGGAAGAAGAAAAGGCGGAGAGAAAUAAAGGAGAAAACCGAAAACGAAAAAAAUCUGAGGCUGGAGGAGCUGGUCAGUCAAGUUGUAGCGCACAAAAAGAACAAGAAAGUACAAGAGACUGUCAUCACUACACCUCCCAUGCCAUCUAGCUACUAUGAAAUGGUGUCGCCUCCAAAGAGUCCAAGACUAUUCGUGGAAGAGGUGAAAACCCCGUCGCCCUCGGCCGAAAGCAUUGACAGGUCCUGCUUCCAGACAAUCAUUCCGCUGAAGGGCGACAACGACGAGACCAGCAUCAACAUGGAGGGGGAGGGAGGCAGCGACUCCCCCUCCCAGAAGGAGGACGACAACGAGGAUGAUGACGAUGAUGACAGUGAAAAGAGAUUCAGCAGGAUAACCGGGUUGGGAGGUGAUGAAGAGGAUCUGUACACGCAGAUAAUGCGGGAGGCGAUGAAGAUAGCGCCGACCAUGAAUCGACUCAACUUCGAUCUGCCGACGGUUGAAGCGCCGUCUCCGGUGCCCCCCUGUCCCCCCUGUCACCCCCCGACGUUCGUCAGGAAGCGCUCGUUGUCUACGCCUGUGCAUCCACUGCAUCGCAGGUCCUACCAACUGGCCACUAGACAGGAUAGUAGUGAAGAAGAGGAAGGCAAGACGAAGUCGGUGAGUACAGAUCCAAACGCAGGUGUGGGCGGCAGCAGUCAGACGCCACACCCGGCGGCGCCGACGCCGACGCCAAAGAAGCCUUGGUUGACGCUGGUCUCCUACGUCGAUGAGCUGACGGUCGGUGGCCGACGCGACUCACAGGGACGCUACAUCGACGGCCUUGGCAACUUCCCCGGCUUUGGCAACAACAAACCUGUCAAAAUCCCGCAGGACUGUUUUCCACAGCACUGCUAUCAAAGACUAGAUUUAGGCGAAAGCAACGACAUUCAGAAUGUGGUCGGCGGCUCUCGGCCCCCAACACCGCCUCCAAGGAUGCGUUCGCCGCCCCUUGCGCCUUCCCCGCCUCCGCGCAGAUCUCGCCAAAUCCAAUCGCCGGUUCCACCGAGAUCACCGUGCUGUGAUGACUGCAUGCAGUCGUGCUGUGGCAAAUGGUGGCUGGGCUUGCGCAAGUCCAUCCUCUCCGUGGUCGACACGCCGGCCUUCGAGUGGUUCAUCCUUGUGCUCAUAUUCUCAUCGAGCAUCACUCUCUGCUUCGAAGACAUCUACCUCGACGAGAACCUCUUUCUCAAAAACAUUCUCUACUGGACCAACUUCGGGUUCUGUGCAGUGUUCAGUGUAGAAAUGUUGUUGAAGUGGAUUGCCUUAGGAUUUUACAAAUACUUUACCAGCUUUUGGACUAUAUUGGAUUUCAUUAUUGUCUUUGUAUCAGUGUUCAGUUUGUUAAUAGAAGAGAAUGAAAAUUUGAAAGUGCUGCGAUCACUCAGAACAUUGCGAGCUCUCAGGCCACUCAGAGCGAUAUCCAGGUGGCAGGGCAUGAGGAUUGUUGUGAAUGCAUUAAUGUAUGCGAUUCCUUCCAUUUUCAAUGUGCUGCUAGUUUGUUUGGUGUUUUGGCUCAUUUUUUCAAUAAUGGGUGUUCAAUUUUUUGGUGGAAAAUUUUUUAAAUGUGUGGAUGAAGAUGAAGAAGUUCUUCCUAUAGAUAAUCUAUGGUCUAUGGCUGUUGCGCCUUUCGUUUUACACUCUGUAUAUGGCCGUUCGAAGGUUGAAAAAAACGACUCUCUCACUUGUUAUGGGACUCUUAUCAGCUAUUUUAUGCUGUUUCAGGCAACAUUCGAAGGCUGGAUGGAAGUAAUGGCGGACGCUGUGGACGCGAGGGGUGUAGAUCUGCAGCCUCAGUAUGAAGCCAACCUGUAUGCCUAUGUAUAUUUUGUUAUAUUCAUUGUGUGCGGAUCGUUUUUUACGCUUAACCUGUUCAUUGGUGUCAUCAUAGACAACUUCAACAUGCUGAAGAAAAAGUAUGAAGGAGGUGUUUUAGAAAUGUUUCUGACCGAGAGCCAGAAGCAUUACUACACAGCAAUGAAGAAACUGGGGCGUAAAAAACCUCAAAAAGUUAUCAAAAGGCCUAUCAAUCAGUUCCUAGCAAUGUUUUAUGAUCUCUCAAAUUCAAGGAGAUUUGAAAUAGCCAUAUUUGUAUUAAUCUUCUUGAAUAUGUUGACCAUGGGAAUUGAGCAUUAUAAUCAACAUCAUGCAAUAUUUUUUGUACUAGAAGUUAGUAAUGCAUUUUUUACUACAGUCUUCGGUUUAGAAGCGUUAGUGAAAAUUGUUGGACUAAGGUACCAUUACUUUACGGUGCCAUGGAAUCUAUUUGAUUUCAUAUUAGUUUUAGCGUCGAUUCUAGGCAUUUUAAUGGAGGAUAUCAUGAUCGAUUUCCCCGUUUCCCCAACACUUCUCCGUGUUGUCAGAGUCUUCCGUAUUGGUCGAAUCCUCCGACUGAUAAAAGCCGCAAAAGGUAUUCGUAAAUUGUUAUUCGCAUUAGUUGUAUCGUUACCAGCGUUAUUCAACAUAGGAGCUCUUCUAGGACUGAUAACGUUUAUAUAUGCAAUAAUUGGAAUGUCCGUGUUCGGCCAUGUGAAACAACAGAGAGCGCUCAAUGACAUGGUCAACUUCGAGACAUUUGGUCGCAGUAUGCAGCUCUUGUUCAGGCUGAUGACGUCAGCCGGGUGGAACGACGUGCUAGAGUCGCUGAUGAUCCAGCCGCCGGACUGCGACCCGACCUACCGCGACCAGCCGAACGGCAACUGCGGCAACCCGGUCAUCGCCAUCACAUACUUCACCAGCUUCAUCAUCAUCAGCUACAUGAUCGUCAUCAACAUGUACAUCGCCAUCAUUCUCGAGAACUUCAACCAGGCGCACCAGGAGGAGGAGAUCGGCAUCGUCGAGGACGAUCUGGAAAUGUUCUACAUCAGGUGGUCCAAAUUCGAUCCUCACGCCACGCAGUUCAUUCGGUUCGCUCAGCUGUCAGACUUCAUCGCCAGCCUGGACCCGCCACUGGGCAUUGCCAAGCCGAACAUCGUCGCUCUAGUCAGCUUCAACCUGCCCAUCGCCCGAGGCAACAAGAUCCACUGCCUCGACAUCCUCCACUCACUCGUCAAGCAUGUGCUCGGCCAUGUCGAGGAGACUGAUGAGUUCAAGAAGCUUCAAGACCAAAUGGAUGUGAAGUUCAAAAAACAAUUCCCAACCAGGAAAGAACUGGAAAUAGUGUCAUCGACGAGAAUCUGGAAGCGCCAGGAUAAAGCAGCCAGGCUUAUACAGCGAACCUACAGAGAUUAUAAGAAAAAAAGAAGAGAAGCACUAGUAGCUCAAAACGAAGAAGACGAGAAUACGCAAACGUCCAGUCCGGGUGGCUGGCAGGGCAAGCUGUCUGCUUUUCUGCACGUGCACAGAGGCUCCCGUGCUUCGUCACGCAAGUCAUCGCGGGCCUCUGACGCGUCAGAUCUGUCGGAGAUGGGAACUUCCAUGUGGCUCAACCUGCCGCUUCUCCUCCUCACGGGGACCCAGGCUAAUGACGAGGAACCUGACGAUACUCCUGCUAGAAACGAUGUGUGCAUAACAGUAAGUGAGCCUUCGCCGGAGCAGCCAACCGCGGCGCCCCUGGCUGCACCCCGCCACUGCUCACUGGAUCUGCCCUGCGCCGAGGGGGGCCCCGGCGGCGUAGCAAUCACUGUCACUGAGCCGUCACCCGACGAACCCAGGAUCGAAUGCCACAGUCCUCCCGCUCCUACUUCCGGUUCCGGUCCCACUUCCGCUUCCGGUCCCACUUCCGGUUCCGGUCCUACUUCCGGUUCCGGUCCCACUUCCACUUCCGCUCCCGCCCGCCGUGCCGCCUUCCGCAGCAACACGAGCGAGGCGACCAUCGUCCACCACGCGGCUCUCGUGCACCGCGAGUCCGAGGAGUACGAGGCUGACUGCGAGAGCAGAUGAUCAAAGUCGGUCUAAGCUGUUCGCUGUCGAAGCACCUCUCUAACAAUGUUCAAAUCAGGUGACUGACUCAGUUAUUUCGGAUAGGCCGACUAAAUGGAAGGGGAUCGCAGGAAAAGACACAAGUUGAAAUUAGUAGUCAGAGAAGCAUUAUAGGAGAAUUUCACUUCAACAUGGAAUAUUACACAGUGAUUUCGAAUUAUUAAUUUCAACAAUCGUUUCAAAAAUUGCGUGUGACUUUUUAUAUAAAAUGGAUUCCAAGAUCAUAUAUAAUUAUGAUUACUCAAUACUCCGUUAAGAUUAUCUUGAAAUACUGUACAUUAGAAAAUAGGAUGAAUUAUAGGCCUAAUAAUAACUAUCUUUUUGUAAAUUUCGUCUUCAAGUCUUACAUAAAAUUUCAUAUGAAAUAGUAUAGAUAAAAAGUAGAAUUAUUUAUUCUGUUUUAAAACUAUGUGAAUAGCGUGAGAAUAGUUGAAGAUAUAAGGUUAUUCAUCAGUUAUAUUGUAGUAUAGAAAUGUAAUUAAAAUCAUAUUUCCAUUUUACAUUAUUAUUAUUAUUAUAGACCGUGAUGUAAAUAGUAUGUAUAAAAAUAUUUAUAACGUAUGUAACUAUGUAAAUAUGAAUUAUAUAUUUUUUGUAGAGAAUACAUUAAAUUACAAGAAAAUAUAUUUAAAAAUGUUGAAAGUAAUAUUGAUCAGUCUCGAUACUAUUAUGUUAUUGUUGACAAUUAUUAUAAAUUAAGGAAUCGGUUGUGAUAUUAUUGUACAUAGGAAAAUGUUAUUUAUUAAUAUUGUUAGUAGUAAUUUUGGGUACUUUUCAAAUACCGUACCAUAUGGACAAUAUUUUAUAAAUAGACAUGAUUUCAUAAUUUAUUACAAAAUAAUAGAGAAAAAUCUAACUUUUGUUCAAUAAAUAAGACUCUCGUAGUACACAAUCAAAUUCACCGUUCACUAUUGAACCUAAUCGCUUGCAUAGAAUAUCUUAUUUCAGAUAUUUGAUUCAUGAAUGUGAUUUUGGAAAUUCUCAAGCAAACUCGUAGUGUUUAGCAUUUGUAAUUUCGAAGGAUGGUGAAGCCAACUCAUCCUAUUCAAUCUAUUCAAAGUGUUAUUAGUAACAAUUUUCAAUCUUCAAUCUUUAGGAAUUGUGAAAAGUGUCCAAAAUUUUUGAGAUGAUUAGCCUAGUUUCCCAUUAGAUAGCGGUUAGUUGAAUAUUCGUCGACUCACCAGGUCAAUUAAUUGAGAGCUGAUAUAAUAGAGUAAUUGAAUUAGAUUGUUUUAUACUGUAGCUUAUAAAAUAAUGCAUUGUUAUAUAAAUCGUGUCUAAUACAUAUUCAGGUACCAACUUUUCAAUCAAAUAAUUAUCAUCACCUCGAUGAUUGCGUCAGUCAAGUACUUUCAUCCAUCUAUCAAUCACUUUUUGCUCCUUUCAUUCACAUAAUAAUGUUAAAAAUCAAAGCCUUUAUCGAAAACUCAACAGAAAGACCAUGUCUGAUGAUGAGAAUCAAAUAUUUUUCUAACAUUCCAUUUUUCUUGGUAGUAAUCAGCAUGUCCGAAAUGACAAUAAUUUUCUCAGUUACGGUAUCACAAAAUGAAACUUGCCUUUAGGUGCCAUUGGUUGUUAAUCUAGCUUAAGAUGAAAGUCUCUGCAACUGAACUAGCUAAUGCAUUCCUAAUAUUGUUUUUCAAUCCUCCCUCAAUUAUAUGAUCAAUAAUUAAAUAAUAUUUUAACUCGAUUAGUCUUCCAUUCGCGUCUUAAUCCUGUACCGAAAACUUGAAUUUAAAUUAUGCUUCAGGCUUUUUAUUAUUUAUUACAUUCUAGAAAAGUUAACUAAACCUCCUAAAUGACGUUCCAAAUGACUUUCAUGAAUUUCAAUUAUUUUGGUCUCAAUCUUUGAAAAAUUCUGUAUUUAUUACAAUCUCCUUAUUCGGCUCUCAAAGAAAGAUAAUGUUACACCAAAUUGUUAUAAAAAUUAAUGUUUUGCUUCCCUUUUAUUUCCAAAAUUAAUUAUCAUCAAUAUACUUAUCGAAAUUAUUGUGGAGCCAUUAUCCUGUGCUGAAACCAAAUUUAAGUGUACUUCAUGUUUGAAUCAGACAGGGCAACUAGUCUUCAGCUAAGAGUAUUGGCCUGUCAACUCUAUUGCACACAAUUGAAAAUAUAAGAAAAUGUAUCAUAAAGUUGCUGUCACAAGGACUCAUUGAUUUAUACAGGGCCCGGCAUAAAAACCUGACGAUUUUGAGGGAUAAUAACUAAAGUGUCUUUCGUACAAUUGAAUCUUAUAAUAUCAAAUUGAAAAUCAAAUUUUGCAAUUUAUAGUGAAUUACAUAGAUUACUCAUAAAGUUUUUAUUUGUGGAUUAUGUCAUCCAAAUUAUUUCCGUUACUUUUCACACACUCACUUAAUCUAAUUCUAAAAUUUGUCAUUGCUCGCUCAAUCAUCACUUGUGGAAUUGCUUCAAUUUCUCGUUGAAUGACUUCCUCUAGUUCUGUGGAUUAUUGGCUGCUCAAUAACGGUAAUUUUGUUUAUUCACAAAUCCCGAAAAAUGGAAAUGUUCCUCGUCACUUGACAGAAUAACGGCAUCCUGGUGGAAAUUCUUGAGAAUGAUCUCGCAAGCGGCUUUGCAAUGUGCCCAAUAAUUUGCAUUAAGUUGUUGCACUAAAAUUAUCUUAUACGGAUGGAAUUUUAGGUCGGAAUGAAGAAUUCGUCGUACAUUUCGAUCAGAAAUGGCCACCACAACAGCAUGUUUCGCUGCUGAACGUCGUGGAGACCGUUUUUACCAACAACAAGAUCGCAUUCCUACUGAUGGGAACAGGCGCGUGUCGAUUUAAAUUAUUGAAAUGUCUGCGACAUAAACGCUGUGUUAAAAUAACUGAGUCAUUAUUUUUAAAAUAAGCUUCAAUCACAAUCGCUUGAUGUUCACUCGACCACGACAUACUGGCUACUGAAAUGGCAAGAAUACAGUAGACCUGUCGAUCUACAACAUUCCCGCCUUUCCAAUGACAGUGGUUCAAACAUAAUAAUUACUACAAAAUCGUCAGAUUAAUAUGCGGGUCCCUGUAGAAGCUGUGACUUAAAAAGAAAAACUUUUUUGUGUUUAUAGAGAAAACUAAGUGACGUUUUCAAUUUAUCAAAAUCUUAUUUUGCCAAAAUUAGAAUCAACUAGUUAUUGUUAUUUUAAAAAUUUGAUUACUAUUUUUAUUAUUCUUAAUCAAGAGUGAGUAAACUAUCUGUUUCCUAUAGUAGUGUACACGAUACAACUGGUUUAUUAACUUUAUUUAUUUAACUCUUCAACUCUUUUGCCAAAAAUGUUAAAUUUCCCAGAAUGGAAUUAAAGCAAUAUAAUCAUAGUUACCUACUAAUAUAGAUCAUUAUGUUCUCAUUUCCUAUUAUGGUAAUAAAUCGAUUAUUCAACACUGAUAUUAAUUCUAUGGUAAGCAGAUCUAUGAAUAUUUUACUAGUUCCAAAUGAAAAUUGAAACUAGAUCAUUAUUUUCUUCAAUUAGAUCAUUUCCUACUUUGAUAGAUCUAUUUAUUCAGCGCCUUGUAUUAUUUUCCUUCUGAUAACUAAGAAACUCAGCUAAUCAAUCAUGAAAUUUUCAUCAUAUAUUACCAGAUUUUUGUUCCUAGUUUCCUAUCGAUGGAUAAGAAAAAUCUAUUUUAUCUGAUGUCUCUUGGGACAACAUAAGUGAUCCUUCUACAAUUUAUAUCUUAGAAUUGCCUUGUGAAACAUUCAUAACUCUCGUUUGUUUUAUAUUACUAUAGUUACUUAUUGUAGAUUGUACGAAUCUUUCUAUUCUCAAUAAUCAAAACUGUACAAAAUGUUGAACUAUUACCUGAUUAUAAUACAGUAAAAUCAGAAAUAAAUUGUAAUCAAUUUGAAAUU